UUCUUGAGCUGUAACGUUACAGUGCAGUGGGUUCAUUCUCCCCCUAUAGCAGUUAGAAGUUUGGAAGUUUUUUUACUUGCCAAAAUGGCACUGGCAGACGACGGUAGUUACGAGUCAGUGAUCUGUGUAAAGCCAGAGGUUCAUGUGUACAAGAUCCCACCCCGUGCUACUAACCGUGGAUAUAGAGCUGCUGACUGGAAGCUGGAUGAGCCAGCAUGGACUGGCAGGAUGAAAAUUAUCUCUAUAGGAAAGCUUGCCUAUAUCAAGCUAGAGGACAAAAACUCAGGAGAGUUGUUUGCCCAAGCCCCAGUGGAGCAGUAUCCUGGAUGUGUGGUGGAGGCAGUCACAGAUUCCAGCAGAUACUUUGUGGUUCGGAUAGAGGACGGCAAUGGACGACAUGCAUUUAUCGGCCUGGGGUUUGCUGAUCGUGGGGACUCCUUUGACUUCAAUGUAGCUCUUCAAGACCACUUCAAGUGGGUAAAACAGGAAGGUGAGCUGGCGAAAGAGGAAGCGUCUCAGAGCACAGCACCCAAACUGGACCUAGGCUUUAAGGACGGCCAGACUAUCAAGAUCAGCAUUGGGAACAUAAAGAAGAAGGAUCCAGGUGCCAAGUCUAGGCCCAUGGGUAGUGGCCUUCUCCUUCCUCCACCAAUGGCUAAGGGUGCAGUCCUUGUAGCCCCUCCUGGAGGCCAGCAAUCACCGCCACCUACACACUCCAACACAGGUAACCUCUUUAGGCUAUAGAGUUCAAUGAUCAAA